GAUAAGGCGCGGCGCGGGGCAGGGCUCAGCCCCACCGGAGCCGCGGGCAGAGCCGUGCCGAGCCCGUGCCCACCCGUGCCCGCAGCCCACCCGUGCCAUGCCCCGGGGCGGCGGCGGCUGCUGCUGCUGCUGCUCCCGGCGGCGCGGCGGGGGUGAAGGGGGCGAGCAGCCCCCCCGGCACCGGCCAUGAGCCCCCGGGCAGCGGGCAGCGCCUGAGCGGCCGCCCCGCCAUGCGGCCCCCCACGGCUCGGGACCUGCCCCAAGGCGGGCGCCUGGCGGCCCUGCUGCUGGCGGCGUUGGCGUGGGUGCCCGGCGGGGCUCCCGCCUGCCCCGCGCUCUGUACCUGCUACGUCUCGCCGCCCACCGUCAGCUGCCAGGCCAACAACUUCUCCUCGGUGCCCGCGGGGCUCCCGCCCGGCGCCCGCCGCCUCUUCCUGCAGAACAACGUCAUCGGGGCGCUGCGGGCGGGCACCUUCGGGCCCAGCACCGUCACCCUCUGGCUCUACUCCAACAACAUCUCCUCCAUCCAGCCGGGCACCUUCCGCCACCUGCCCGCCCUGGAGGAGCUCGACCUGGGUGACAACCCCCACCUCCGCGUCCUGGCCCCCGACACCUUCCACGGGCUCCGGCGCCUGCAGGCCCUGCACCUCUACCGGUGCCAGCUGGCCAGUCUGCCCAGCACCAUCUUCCGCGGCCUCCACAGCCUCCAGUACCUCUACCUGCAGGAGAACGGGCUGCUCUACCUCCAGGACGACCUCUUUGCAGACCUGGCCAACCUGAGCCACCUCUUCCUUCACGGGAACCGGGUGCGGGUGCUGUCGGAGGGCGUCUUCCGAGGGCUGCCCAGCCUGGACCGCCUGCUGCUGCACGCCAACCGCCUGGUCGCCAUCCACCGCCGCGCCUUCCGGGGCCUGGCCCGCCUCACCAUCCUCUACCUGUUCAACAACAGCCUGGCCGCGCUGCCGGGGGACCCGCUGGCCGCCCUGCCCGCCCUCCAGUUCCUGCGCCUCAACGCCAACCCCUGGGCGUGCGACUGCCGCGCUCGCCCGCUCUGGGCCUGGUUCCGACGCACCCGCGUCUCCAGCUCCCCCGUGCCCUGCGCCAGCCCCCCGCACCGCCGCGGCACCGACCUGCGGCACCUCCGCCCCCGCGACUUCGACGCCUGCCCCGAGGAGGAGGAGGAGGAGGAGGAAGAGGAGAAGGAAGAUGGUGGUGGUGGUGGUGGAGGGGUGGCGGUGAUGGGCACCCCCGGGCGGGCGCUGGGUCGCCCCGGCACCCUCCCGGCCGCGCCGCCCUCCGCCUUCUACCGCGACGGGCUGCCCCCCCACGACCUGCGGGGACCCCAGCCCCGGCCGCCCCCUCCUUCCCGCGACUCCCGUGGCCCCCCCGGGGAUGCCCGCUGCCCCCAGGCACCCUGUGGCCCCAUGGCCGCCGCCGCCCCCCACCAGCCCCACGUCCUCCUGCCCCUCCUGGGUCUGCUCCUGCCCUGGCUCUGAGCACCCCCCCCGGCACCCCCAGGGGGUCCCAGCUCCUCAGGGUGCUUGUGCCCCCCUUCUCCCCAGGGGGGGCUCGUAGAACUGUGGGGGGGGCAGCCGGGGGAGGGGGUGCAGGAUGCAGGGGGUGCCCCCCCAUCCUGAGCAGGAAAACCCCCCAACAGGAACCAAAAGGUGGGAAAUUAUUUAUUAAAAAUGGUCUUAUUUUGGGA